GUCUUCGUUUCCCUGAAACCGCCUAACCUUUUACUAGGCAUUAAGCCGCAAGUAAUUGCCGAAAUGGCAUGUUACAGCCAUGAAGACUUUGACAGCGCCCCGGUUCGCUUUAAAAUAGGCGAUAUCGUUGACAUUAAAGGCCAUGGACGCGCGACAGUAAUUGAAGCAAUAGUCGACCAGCCUGGACACCCUCAACAUGGACGCUAUCACAUACGAUAUCAUGAAGACAACACCACCUACUGGUGUAGGCCCAAGUUGAUGCGACUCAUGCAUCCAACGUCCAAGCGCGUCCUUGUCGCACGGCACACCCACGCCUACCGGGAUGCGAUGGUCCACAACAUAGACCGCCCAGACGUUUGUCUGGAGAUUGGUUGCCACGAAGGCCUCACCACCAACAUCAUCAGCAAUCGCGCCACCUUUGUCGCCGGCAUUGACACCGCGUCCGAGGUAGUAGCCAUUGCACGCGGCCGCCACCCCCACCUGGCACCCCACCUGCACCAACUGGACGGCCUUGACACCGCAGCCACCCGCGCCCUCUCGCCCUGCGGCUCCUACAACCGCAUCUGCAUUGACAUAUCAGGCAAAGCCCCCCUGGCGCUGAUCUGCUCCAUGAUCACCGCCCAGCACGCGGCCUACCCGCAGGCGUCCUUGAUCGUGAAGAACGAGCAGCUGUACGACGCCCUAGUCGGGCUGGAGCUGCUAAGACAACAGCGGCAGGGGGGGCAGCAGCAGGAGGGGGAGCAGCAACAGCAGCAACACCAGGAGAAGGAGCAGCAGCAACCGCUACAGGGAGAGCAGCAAGGAGGGGACCAGGAGGCGGAUGCGGCGGCCCAGCUGGCUGCGCUGCUAGGUCGGGAGCUGUUAGCGGAAUGCGAGCUGUUCAGACACCAGUUCAGACCGCCCCGCACGCGGCCAUUAAGACCCCGGGAGGUGACUGCAGGAGCUGCUGCUGGGGGGGCAGCGGCAGCAGCAAGUCAACAGGGACAGUAGCAGCAGCUGCAGUAGUUGUAGCAGGUCAACGGCAACAGUAGCAGUAGCAACAGCAAGUGAGAGGUUACAGUGUUACAAGGAGGGCAAACCGAGCGGCAGCAGCAGCAAGCACAGCGGGUACGGUAGCAGGGGUGGCAGUCGGCGGUUAUGCGACCGCGUGAUUCGCACUGUAAGAUGCAUGCCGUGCGCAGAGCAGCAGCAACAGCAGCAGCAGCAGCGGCAGCAGCCGGAACAAGGAUUCCUGUGGAAAGAAGGCACCAGCGUUUCUGGCGGCACCGGCGUGGCAUGUGUGGGGCAGCCGUCAGCUACAGUAGCUGCCCUGCAGGCGCUUGGGAUUGUGUCUGCCAUCCAGAUUGCCAACCACAAAGAGUCAUAAAUUCCUGGUUGGACCCCUCACAUGUUUUGGUUGACGUCAACCCUGUAACCCUCUG